CGACAGGAUAUCAAAAAUAUUUUUUAACAAGGCAAUCUAAUUGAUAGCCAUUUUGAAGAGACUUUUGUUGGUGUUUUGUGAAUGUUUUCAACAAAAUUUUCUAUUAUUUCUAUGAUAUAAAAGUGUUUUCGAGACGCCAGUCUCAUUAUUAUAAUAAAGAAUUGAAUCAGUACACUUUAUUAUAAAGUGUUGUUUGUUUGGUGAAGGCGCAUUGUGUAAAAAAACCGGAAAGAAGAACUGCCGUAUUUAAGAUUAGUAAAAAAAAAUCUGGUGAAAUAGAGACAGUUAUUGUGACAGUGGAAAUAAUUAUUUCAACGAAUAUUGUUAGUGUAGUUCGUUAAAUUGUUAAAUCGGCCGUUAUUAUUUACAUCGCGUGUUUUGUUCGCUACGUAAAAUUUAGAUCGCCACAAGAUGGCGGCCGUCGGAUGCUCGCUCCGCCAAAACCCGCUCGCGGGGCCCGAUGUGUCAUCGGGUUGUGAGAGCUUCGGUGACAUGUUGUAAACCGGCGUCUCGCACCGCGGCCGAAUUUACCGGCCGCAAACGGCGGGGUUCCAUUUCGUAAAAUGGAAUUUCGCUCGAGGCGCCAAAAUGCGAUGGGUGUUGACAUAAGUGCAAUACCGUACCGUUACUCAGGCGGCAGUACGUAAAAACUAUUACAAAAAUGAGCGAGCCGGACGACGUAGGAAAAGAAGUGUGGAAGCGAUGGAUACUGGAAGCGAUCCACAAGAUUCGCUCACAGAAGCAGAGGCCGAGUGUGGAGCGUAUCUGUCACGCGAUUAGACAGCAUCACAACUAUCACGAAGAUGUGGUAGCGGAGCGGCUGGAGCGCGCUGUGCGAGAGGGAGCCGUGCUUAAGGUGUACAACAAAGGCCAGAGCUCGUACAAGGAUCCCGGCGGCGUCCAGAACAAGCUUCUACGGAUCACACAAGAUGUGGACCUUUCUAGGGUCGUUGCAAAGGCAGUGCGCGAGUUAGGUGAACGUGACGGUUCUACGUUAAAGACAAUUGAAAGACAUUUAAACCAAGCAUACCAAGUGACUGUGGAAAAUGAAGUGGAUGUGCGUGCAGUGUUGAGAGCUGCCGUGAAGCGUGCCGUGGCGCGAGGGCUGCUCUCUCACCAGGCGGGGGCCUACAAGGCGACAGAGAGGCCCCUCACCACAUCCUCAGAUAGAAGCUCCAAGCAGCGUUCUAAGAGUAGUCAAGAAUCCCCAGAGAAGAAACCGAAUCCAAGUGGUCCAGUGCCAUCGUGUACUGAAUGCCUCGGUACCGAGGCUAGAAAUAGGCUGGGGGCAGCCGAGGCUCUGAUAUGCUGCCAACAGUGCAAGUCCUAUGCUCAUCCAACAUGCCUCAACUUACUGGAACAUGUUACACUUCCUGCUAUUAAGGUAAAACUUAUUAACUCUGGACUCGGUGCGAUGGUCGUGCGGGGCGUGUGCGUGGUGCGAGCUGUGCGCGGCGCGCGGCGCCUGGGCGGCCCGCUGCGCGCACUGCGCCCGCGCCGCGCACCCCGCCUGCGCCGCCCCGCCCUGGCGCUGCUCGCACUGCGCGCGCCCGCCGCAGCCCGCCACUCCAGCCGGCUCCAAGCGGUGAGACGACACCCAACUGUUAGUGUCCCUGUGUCCUUGUCAUGUUGCCGUGCACUCACCCGCCACUGUCCCCGCAGGUCGACGGCGGCAGGGACUCCGCGCGGCAGGAAGCCGCGCACGCCGGCGCGCCAGCCCGACUCCGACGACGAGCCCUCCGAUGGUAACGCACCGCCGCGGCCUCCGCGCCCCCCGACCGAACAGAGAAUGUCGAGAGAGAAGCAGAAAUUUUUCAGAUUUUCCGCGUUCAAUCUGGUGAAGCGGCGCCGGCGCCGCUCGUCGUCGGGCUCGUGGGAGGGGUGGGGCGGCGUCCGCGUCACGCGCGUGCAGCGCCUCGAGCUGCGCCUGGAGCGCCGCGAGCCCGCGCCGCGCGCGCCCAGCCCGCCCCUCUCCGCCCGCUCCGCCCGCUCCACGCGCUCCACCCGCUCCACUCGCUCCACCCGCUCCACUCCGUCGCCAGCCUCGUUAGCCUCGCCCCCCGAGCCGGACUCGGCCGCGUCAGGCUCGGAUUCGGUCGGCUCCCCCGCGUCUUCCAGUGAUAGUGAUGAACGACCCGCGCCCGCGUAUGUUUCUACUGUGUUCGAACGUUUAGCAGCUGAUUCCGGCCCGGGUGGUGUUUGGGGAUUCGCUGCUGAAGCGCAGAAACAGAAGCAGUUAGAAGUGGAACCACCGAACCAUAAGAGAUUAGAUAUUGAAGCUCAAAAACUGAAAAUACUUGAAAUAGAACCCCACGAGCAGCGACGAAUUGAUUUUGAACCGCGCAAACAAAAAAGACUCGAACUCGAAACGCCUAAAUUUAAAAGGCUGGAUGUGGAUUCAAAGCUCAGUCGGUUAGAAUCAGAAACGAAACUGAGGAGAGUUGAGCCCGAACAGCUGCCAAAAAGAGUAGAAUCAAUACAAAAAAGACUGGAACCCGAACCACCGCCGACCGAGCCAGAGAGACAUCAUAUUGUUCGUCGGCGCAGCAGGUGUGGGGAAAGACUGCUGACUACAUUAUUCGAUGGAUUAUCGGAAUUCUACUCAGUCCGCACGGCGUCUCGGUCGCAGUCGCGGCCGCGGCAGCCUCGCAUGGAGCAGCCAGAGCCCGAGGAGGACCGCGCCGUGUUGAAGGAGACGCGGAGCACGUUCCGAAAGUACCAAGCGUCGUUGCGUCGCGCGCGCAGUCGUAGCCGAGGAGACGAGGCAUCACCGGAGCCUGAGGCCCAAGGCUCGAUAGUGCGGGCGGUGUCACGAUGUAGGACAGGGCGGGUAGAGCUAGGCUUGGUCCGCCUGUCGGCGUCGGCGCUGGUGCGCACGGCGGCGGCGCAGAAGGCGCGCGCGGGGCCCGCGGACGCGCACAAACUGGUCCGCGGGCUGGCGGAGGCGGGCGGCGCGCGCCCGGCCACCGAUCAGACGGAGGGAAAGCGGUUACCGGCCGGAGUGACGGAGAGUGACGCGGAGCUGUUCAACGCGGCGCUGAGCGCGGCCGCGGGCGGCACGCAGGGGCCUGUCGGGGCUGUGGCCGGGGUCGCAGGAGCCACGCCGGGGCCCGCGCUGGUGGCCGCGCCGGGCCCCGCGGCAGGACCCGCGCCCGGCGCAGGGGACGGGGUGGCCCCGCACGCACCGCCGCGGUGCCCGUCGGCGAUUGAAUUCGGCCAGUGGGAGAUUGAUACCUGGUACUCCAGCCCCUUCCCGCAGGAAUAUGCUAGGCUACCCAAGCUGUUCUUGUGUGAGUUUUGUCUCAAGUAUGCGAAGAGUCGGGCGGUGCUGUUUCGCCAUCUGGAUAAAUGUCUUUGGCGACAUCCACCUGCCACAGAAAUAUACCGCUGCGGGGAUAUAUCGGUCUUCGAAGUAGAUGGGAAUGCUAAUAAAAUCUACUGUCAAAAUCUUUGUCUCCUCGCCAAACUGUUCCUCGACCACAAAACUCUGUACUACGAUGUGGAGCCAUUCCUAUUCUAUGUACUCACCAAAAAUGACAGCAAAGGUUGUCACCUGGUUGGCUACUUCUCCAAAGAAAAACAUUGUCAACAGAAAUAUAAUGUUUCGUGUAUCAUGACGAUGCCACAAUACCAGAGGCAAGGCUACGGGAGGUUUCUCAUCCAUUUCAGUUAUUUACUUUCAAAAGAAGAAGGACAACCUGGCACGCCGGAGAAGCCUUUAUCUGAUCUUGGUCGAGUUUCAUAUCACGCUUAUUGGAAGUCCGUAAUACUCGAAUAUUUGUAUGACCACAAGGAUAAACCGUUCACGUUUGAAGACAUCGCUCAAACGACGGGAAUGCAUAUGAAUGACAUUGCGGUAACGUUUCAGUUACUUGGAUUUGUUAGACAUAUUCCCAAUGAAGAGACAACCAAGUUAGGUCUUUGCAUAGAUUGGACCAAAGUUGACAAUCACAUGAACAAAGUGAAGAGCAAACCUCGACUGGAGAUUGAUCCCGAAUGUCUCAGGUGGACUCCACUCCUUGCGCCUACUGUGAACCCGUUCAGAUCUCCCGAAGAAGCUUCUGGCGACCAGGAUACUGAGAACGACGAAGCAGAAUGUAAGACUGAGAGUGAAGACACCGCCACAGAAUCCGAAGCACCUGCGCCCAAAGAAGAACCUGUAGUCAAAGAAGACAUGGAAACACCAGAACCUCCUGUUGAAGUGACGUCAUCAGGUAGAAGACGGACAAGACCUCUAAAGUAUAGUGAAACAACGUAUCAAACCACUCCAGUUCUUACAGAAGGUACUCGUAAACGAAAGCGGGAAGUAAGUAGAAAGAUUUCGGAAUCUAAUUUGGAUGACGAAAAAAUUAAAGAAGAAGAAACACCUCGAAGACAGAGAAGUAAGAGCGUCGCCAGAAGGUCGUCUAGAGUUACACAGAGUGAGGCUGUAGAGGAGCCAGUAACACCAAGAAAUAGAAGACAAAGCGUCAAAGAAGCACCUUACGCAUCUGACAGCCAAGAAAGUCAAGAGAGUAUGGACUUGGAUGCCAUCACCCCAGCCGCGGUGCCUGUCAGGCCCAAGGCUAAAAGAAAAAUUGGAUGCAAAGGACGCCAGAAGAAACGACAGAAAGUUAACAAAAACACAGCGCCCAACGCAUCACCGGCAGCUAAAAAACCGAAACUUGAUGAAUCUAAAGAGAAAGUUAAUGACUAUAAAACUGACGACUCUAUGGAGCCUUCUAGUACAGUGCCCGACGAGGACACCGUCACUUCUCCUAAGGACAAACAAGAUGAGAAAUCACAAGAGAAAAAUAAAAAUUCAGAAGCAAGUUCUGAAGACUCAUCUGGUGAAGCUGAUGACGAGAUGGAUGUGGAGGAAGGUGAAGAAAGAAAGGUGGUCACUAGUAAACCAGCGUCACCUCGACACAUAGAAGAAAACAGCACUGACCAUCAUACAAGUGAUAUGGAACUAGACAGCAUACAUAUGGAUUCACCAAAAUCAAUCGCUGAGAAAGACCAAGUUAUCAAUGAGGCUAGUGAUAAACCAGACGAUGCGGCUACUGACAGUAGAACGGACGCAUCGCCAGCCAAACCUGAGGAGGAGACUAAUACAAAGAAUGAUGAAACUGAUGAGAACAAAUUGUCUGAACCUAAAAACGGUGAAAUGAAGUCUCCCGCUAAACCGGCGCUGGAAGACAAGGAAACUAUUAUUAUAUCCGAAUCUGACGAUAACAACAGCCAGAGUUGUCCUUUACCAUCACCUAAAAAUAAUACAGUAGCUCCAGUGCAGCAAAACAAUGAGAAUAAACCUAAAGAGGUCGAGGAGAAGGACAGUCCCUCUAAAGUUAUACCAGUAGUUUCCACCGAGAAUGCGCACAUUGUGCUCGACCCCAGUGCUAGGGUACAAGAAGACGUGAUCUCCAUCAAACCUGCAGUGGACCUAAUUGUACCAAAAAUAUGUCAAAUUGUGAGCAUUGAGACUAUAGUCGUUGGAGAGUCUGAUACCGCAAAUUCUCCACGCACGGGCAUGUCACCCGAGAAAACUGAUACAACAGUGAUUAAUGAGUCUCCCAAACCUAGAAGAUCACCAGACAGUAUUAAUGCCGACGUAGUUAGUGAACAAAAGCAAUGCGAGAUGCGGAAAGAAACAGUGAUUCAACAUCAAAAUACAGAAGAUGCUAAAAAUACGGAGAAAAAGUCGUCACCGAAUAAAGUAGAUAUAAUUCAAAAUUUAGAUAAUACACAUAGGGAUAUAUCAAGUAUGAAGAAGCCAGACCCCAUCAAAAUAGAUAGUUUUCCUGAAAUUGAUAAUAGGAAUAAAUUACCAAAUCCAAUAGUUAGUAGAGAAAGUGAGAUGCCAUUUCGGAACGAUAUAAUGAGUACUAGGAAAGACGAGAUUAUUAUCACUAGAAAUGUUAUUGAACAGACGACAAUGCAGAAUUUUCAAAAUCCCGUGAGUAAUUCCAUGACAAUCCAGCAAAUUAACACGGCUCAGCAUUCUUACUUGAAUCAUAGAGCUAAUGUCAGCAAAGAGUCGCAAGCUGUACAGACUGAUAAAAUUCUUGUGAAAUCUAGUGAACAAAACCGUGCAAUAAACAACACUUUGGACUCUUCCCCAGUGAUUAGUAAAAGUACGACAAAGUUAGAAGUACCGCAUCCAAUAUCCUCUCCAGUGAUAAACCCAGUGAUACCCAAAGUGCCCAAUGUGUCAGAUAUGAAUUUUUUACCUCGAUGCCAAAGCGCUAAUGCGGCUAUUAGUAUGGGUUUGGAAAGAGCAGAUUUAGAAGCAAGUUUCGCUAAUAGUGCUGCUAUUCAAAAUUCAUUGACCGGGUCUAUGAGUAUAGCCCAAACAAAUUCUCAAGACUGUAAAAAUGAUCCUAAUCUAAAACCUAGAGAGAAAAGUAAACUACGUGACGUGCGAGUGAACUCCGCACACAGCAAGCUGGAGAAAACGGACAAGAAAGCUAAGAAUGACACGCCUAGGAGUACGCCUGAACCGAAGAUGUUUUUUCCAGAACAAAAUGUUAACUCCAGGAAACCAGAGACGUCGGUCCCUAUAAACGUGAUCAACUCGGUGCCAGUCACAAGCAAAGUUGAAACUAAAACCAAUGAAGCACCAAAAAAGCAAGAUUUUUUUAAGAAAGAGAAAUCUAAUACCAAGUGUGACUCAAAAAACCAAUCAGUGAAACAUGACAAAAGUUGCACAGCUCAGCUCAACUUGAAAGCUGAUCAGAAUGACUUGAACAAAAUGCUGCCCAAGUUUAAGUAUGAUAAUGAAUUAGUGCCUAAAGCAGACUAUGCUAUGAACCAAAUACCUAAUUACCACACCACGCACGGACAGUACCAGUGGCCGCCCUGGGAUCCUACGAGGAUACAGGGCACUUGGGAACACAACAGAUUUUUAGACAAUAUGAAAAAUAUAGUUAGCGAAAAGAAUUACUUGGAUAAACACCAAGGUUUCAACCUCCCCCAUUUAGAUCAAGUUCAGAAGUCCCCUCAAAAAUUACUUCCUAAAUAUGAUCAAAAAGAUUUCCACAAUAUAGCUUACGGUGCAUUGAGCAGUAGUCUGUAUGCUACCACGGGCUUGCCGCAUUUUAAAGAGACCAAGACGCCGACUUCCAAAGCGGAAUGUUCACAAAAAAAUGAAUGUAAACCAUCUAAACAGUCGAAAACAACGACUGCUUGUCAAACGCAGUGCGAGCCGAAGAAGUCACAGUCUCAGAACGCUGCCGACCAGAUGAAACAAAUGAUGCAGAGACAAGUGAGCAAACAGCAAGAGGUAGUCACUAGUUGUGCGGAGUACAGGCAGCAGAGCUCGCAAGUGUUGACUUCUCCCGGCUGUAAGAGUUUCAAUCAAAACGGGCCUUGUGGACAAGAAAAGGAGAUUGAAAAGAAGUCACGGCAGAAGAAGGAAGAGUCUCCGAAGGAAAGUAACAAGGAGGAGUUGUGCGAAGCGGUCAGUCCCGCUCUGCAGUCGAUGGGGGUGUACACUCCGGACUCCACCAGCAACUCCGUGCACUCCGUACAGUACCCCGCCUGCGAGCUGGACGUGAGCCAGCUGGGGCUGGAGUCGCCCACCAGUAUCGGCUCGGACCUGGCCUCACCGUGCUCCAUGAUGCACAUGCACCCCGCGCCCAGUCCGCAGUACUCCUCAAUACACAUCCCGUCCAUCAUGAGCCAGCCUAAUCAGCCGCCCAAGCAGCAAAAAAUUAACAACAGGAAUAGGAGCAGCGGUGCCAGCAGUAGCAGUGGCGGCGCGGGCGCGGGCGGCGACGCGGCCAAGCAGGCGGCCGGCGCCGCGGCCGCCGGCCUGCGCGCCGCGCCCACCCCGCCCGCGAGACACCGCGCCACGCCGCCCGCGCACCAGCCGCACGCGGCGGGCGGCGCGGUGAUGCAGGGCGGCGCGGGCGGCGGCUACCAGGGCGGCUACCUGUCGUUCCAGCAGCAGCAGCAGUACGCCGGCGGGGGCUGGCCGCCGUCCUGCUCGCUGGCCAAGCUGCAGCAGAUGGCCGACGCGCCGCAGCACCACCCGCCGCACCAGUACGGGCAGCAGUCCAGCACGCCGCCGGCGGCCCCGGCGCCGCACUACCACGCCGCCGCCAAGUACUACCCGCCACACAACCAACUCGACUCGCCCAGGAACACACGGAACACCUCCAGCAACCUGAGCCCGAUGCAGCACAUGCAGAUGGCGCCGGGCGCGCGCAUGUCGCCCAACCUCAACCCGCACCUCAUCAGCGGCUACGGGCUCAACGGGUACCGCGUGCCGCCGCAGCAGCAGUUCAACAACCUGCAGAUGAUGAACGUGCAGGGCGGCGUGCAGUACGGCGCCGCCGACCCGCGCGGCCAGCAGGGCAACGUGUACUACGGGUACAUCAACCCGCCGCCGCCGCUGGCCAUGCAGACGCUCAACUCCACCAUGCGCCGGUAGCACGCCCGCCGCCGUCUCGGACGAUGCGACCCUCUUGUCUUUAAGUAUAGCAUAGUACAAAUAGACGUUUGCUUUCUCGCGAUAAGUGCUAGUUUGUAUAUAAAGUUAAUCGAGAUGAACGUGAACAUCGCUUCUGUUGCCUUACCCCCCGGCCCGCGGCGGUCUCGUGGCAGCUCUGUUAUUGUUUUUGUAUCAUAUGUAUGUAAAUCACGUUUUGUUUGUCGUUGAUAAAGUGCAGUACCCGGUGAACUGAAUAAAAGUACAAAAUUGCAGAUAAAAUGUAUUUAAAUCUGUCUAUAAUAAUAAUGACUACGUCACUGAACUGUAGCAUAAUGAUAGUGCAAUAAAUGUAUGUACUCUGGUAGUAAUCUGCUUCGUUUUGUAUGACGAGUGGCGCGUGUGUGACGCGUCUGAUCUAUAAAUUAAUAUAUUCUCGAUUUCCAAAGAAACAAUGUAAAUGUUAAGUCUUUGGUUAUGUUGAAAUAAGUGCAAUGUUUUUACUGAUGGCAGAUUGUACUACAGAUGUAAAGAUUGUUUGGAACUCGUAUUUUAUAUGUAUAUGGUGUUUACGUUUUGAUGUAUUUGUAUCGUGUCGCGACAGCGUAGGUCGCUUGUACAGUUGCCGUUGUGUAAUUAUAAUUUUACAUAGGAGCCUAGUUUGUCUGAAUCUGUUCUAAGUGCCUCUCACGUCCCGUCUGUCUGCUUGACUUCAGUGUAACAUAUUGUAAUGUAAGAAGGCUGUAUACAUAUAGAGCUGAUAAUGUUAGAGUACUUGUAAGAUACGGUUUCCUUUGUUCAAUGUGAUAGUGCGCUGACUAGAGUCGUGGAGGAGCGCGGGGCCGCCCAGUGCGCGGCGCGUGGUUACUUACGUAAGCAGGCCUAAUGGAGUGAAGGAUUUUUAUAUUUUAUAUUAUUUUUACACAGGUAGUUUUAACGUUUUAUAAUUGCGAUGAUAACUUUGUUUUACCGCUUCGCUUAAGGAUUAUGUUCGUGUUAUCCCAGUAAUUUAUUGCCAAAUGUUAUUAACACUUACGGUUACUAUAGUUACAAUGUUAAGUAUUUUAGUUGUCGUGUUUAGUUUCGUCCUCUUGCACGAGUAGGUAAGGAUCGUCCGCGCGGCGCGGCGGCGGCUGUCGCCCGCCCGCCCUAAGUUAUUUGUAAGAUCUGCUCCUCUAAGGUUAUGAAUGUUAUUUGUUACUAAUGUGUAGUAUAUAAAAUAUUGUAAAUACAAUAACAGUAAGGAACAUGUAGCAGGUGUUAUCACACAAAAU